UAUGUACGUCGGAUAAGCGCCGAUUGGGGAACUGCAUUACCUGUUUAUUCGUGAAUUCUGGUGCGAAAACGUCACGGUCACACAACAAGUGUAGUGGUGUGGAUGGUGCGGACGUCCUGAUACAUCGGGACGCUUACGAAUUUGGAUGUGAACGACUUUCGGUAGAUUUUCACGAACGAAGUCAAGGCGGCAAACGCUCGGUCGCCUCCAUAAAAUGCCCGUGCAUACAAACGCUGAGGUGCCUUGGACAUUUCUCAUUCACAAUCAAGACGAGAAACGUAACCACGUCUAGGAAAUCCCGCCGUUGUGGACGAUCAUCUACGAAGCAGAAGGAGGGCAACCCCCCUCCUCCCUCCCCCUGACCCGUACCUCAUCGCUCCGAAUUACCUCCCCUGCAAACAUUGAGUAAGAGACGACGUCAAGAUGUGCGAACAGACAGAGAUCAGUUACUUGGAUGGGGAUGUUGUAUGGGUUAAGCUUGGGGCCUCGUGGUGGCCUGGUCAAGUAACAAGCGUACAUAAUUUACCUGAAGAUAUUCAGGAAGAAUUGAAGAAAAAACCUAUUAUCGCAGCUGUGAAAUUUUUUCAAGAAGAUACAUAUGAAUAUGUGAAGAAUUAUCAACAAAUUUACAAAUACAACUGCACAUUGAAGGACGAUUUCAUCAAAAAAGGCUUAGAUAAAUACAGAACCAAGAGUAAAGAUGGAUCGAGUUACAUGGACAAAUUCCCUGGAGAUGUGGAAAUGGCUGAGAAGUUGACAGGAGGUGAUGCAGAUAUAAUAUCAAGCCAUAAGUUUACACGCCAACAAAAACCAGAUAUAUCAGCUCUGUUUGGAGAAAAGAAGGUUCCAAAAAAGAAACGAGACCGUGAAGAUGGGAGCAGAGAGAGACGCAAUGAUAGUGGAAGCUCUUCAGAUACGCCAUCUAGGAAAAUUACACAUCCACGAUUUUUGAAGGAAAGUGAUCACGAGGUUAGAAUUCGACACCAACCACCAAGCCUUUCUUCGACACCAUCAAACAGUGGAGGUUCCCCACAAUACACUUGCUAUGUGUGCAGCUUUACCUCUUCUCGCCUCAACGUUAUUAUUUUGCACAACAAAACUCACAGUUCUGGUAACUCAACACCAAUAGCAACUAAAGUUAAAACAUAUUCACAACCAAAAGCAAAACUUAGUGAAAGUGAUACUCCAAAGAGAAAGUACACGAAGAAAGACAAGGGAGAAUCUAACAAAGCCAGAAAAGAGAUUGCACCAGAAUCAGGAAAACGAAAGUCCACAAAACAUAUAGAAAAAGCAAGUAAGAAGAAGAAACCUGACCCACAACUGCGUGAAAAGUUGUUGGCUGACUGGCAAGAUGAAUCAGAUACUGAAAUGGGCUCUGAUUUCAAUAAAUCCGCUGAUACGUCAUCGUUAGACAUUUCUCCUCAAAAAUCUCAGCGAAAUUUCGGGACUACCGAACUUUCUCCUCACGAAGAUAUUGAAGAAGUUGAUGAGAAUGAGAAAAUUCUAUCAGAAGCAAAGAAAAUACUAAAUGAAACUGAAUCUUUGUCUGCAAUUGCGUUGAGUGCAGAUUCACCAGGUCACAAGACAAAAAAAACUAAGCCAUUUCUGUCAGAAACACAGAGUACUGGUAGAGACGAAAAAAAAUCGUAUGCUGAUCUAAAUACAGAACUAUUAGUGUUAGAGAAAGAAGGUAAAAAUCUGAGCUCAGAAACGGACGACAAAUUGUCAAGUUCUGUAAAAAGUGACAAAAAGACUGGAUGUGAAAAAGAUGAUAAAAAGUCGAAACUGUCGUGUUUUGACUUUGAUGAGGAAGAUUUGCCUGAGCCUGCGAUACCCCCUGUACGAAAAAUACCUAGAGUAUUUGGUGACAAAAAUUUGUCCUUGAAGAAGGAAAUUAUCAAAGAAUUUGAAAUGAGUCAAGCUUUGAAAAAUGAUCAACAAAAUGAUGUUAAAAAUUACAAAGACCAAGAAGCAGCGACUGGUCAUGGAGAUACAUUGAAACAUUCUCAAGAGAGUGGAGAAAUUGAUCAUUCUUUUCCAGAUUCUGAAACGAGACAAGAAAAGAUGGACGUCAAUAUCUGUCAAACUGAGCUAGAGAUUGUUGAAAUAUUCGAAGUUGAAAAAGAAGAAGAUUCUCCGUAUGACGAAACCAGUCUGACAACAAAGUCUGUUGAGGUAUUAACAGAACAACCAAAGAUAUCAAUGGAUAUCAACGAAGAACCAGAAAAUUCGUCAAUAGAAAAAGAAGAACCAGUUUCAAAGAAGAUAGAAUCUGACAGUAGGCAAAGUAAAAUCUCAUUGGAAAUUAUAUCAACUGAUACCGAGAAGAAUCAAUCUUCAACUACAAUUGACGAUCUAGAAGCUGAAGAAAUACAGAUGGAAACCAAUGAAACAUCACCAGUACUAGUUAAGAAGCGUCGUGGGAGGCCCAGAAAGAACCUAAUUUCUGAUAAAAAAAUGGUUCGUACUAAUGAAAUUGAUGAAAGCAAAUCUAUCGAAAUAGACAAAGUAACAUUGGAAUCUUCGAAUAAGGUCGAGGAGCUCACUGAAGAUUUUUUCGUGACAGCAAAAAAGACCGAGAAUGAGGAUAUGAAGGCUGUAGAUUCUGAUGUUGACAUUUCUCAAUUUGGAAGGAAACGUAGGUCUGGCAGGAAAAGUUCGAAAACUGAUGCAAUACUGCUACAUACUGAUCACAGGACAUCAAAUGAUGACAGCCAGUCUGAACUUGAUGACAAAUCAUUGAAUUUUGAAGAAAAACUAAAUAAUCCGAAAAAAAGGGCGAAGAAAGGUAGAAGACCUUCAGGACCGAAUAAAAAAUCGUCAGUGGUUGUUGAAAAGUCAAUGGAAAUUGAUGAUAAACUAACAGAAGAACUUGCAGAUUCUAUUGUAGAUGACGAAAUCUUGUCAAAAUCUGAAGAGGUGCCCAAAAAACUGGGUGAGAAAACUGAAAUUGAUGAAAAUUCAAGUGAAUUUGACAAAAAGUUAGUGGAGACUCCAGAAGAUCCGACAGAAGAUCGUGGAAUUUCAUCAAAAAUUCAUGUGGAACUAUUCGAAGAAUCAACAAAACCAACUGUAUUGUCAGUGACAGAUAUUUCAAAGGAACCUGAUUUAAAUGAUGAGCGAGUUACCGUUGAUGAGAAAUCCGAAGAAUCAACACUGCCAAGUGGUGCUGCAGAUGUAUCAGAGUCAAGUCUGGCACCACCUCAAUCAAUGGAUGCUGCAGCCGAAUUAAUUAACCGUAAUUUACUAGAAGGAACAGAAUCUAAAAUAGAUAAACUAGUCACUGAAUUUGUUGAGCAAAAGACGGAUGGUUCACAAAAUACUGAUAUUUCCAAAAUACCCCUGGAAACAUUGCCUCCAAAGAAAUCACAGAUAAAAAAAUUUGAAAUGUCACAGAGCGAUUUUUUUGACAAUGAUACUUCAGUAGAGAAAAUUGUUACACAACCUGAGCCUGAAAAGAAAAGAGAUAAGAUUGACGAAACGGAAAUUGAAAUCACGAGAGUUGACGAAAGUGAAACAGUUACUUUGAUGGAGAAAGUAGUGGUAGAGCAAGAAAUAGCUACUUCACAAGAUGAAAUCAAUCCUUCAAAAGAAUCAAUGUCAGAAGUAGAAGAAGCUCUGAACUCAGAUGAUUUGAUCAGUAAACAGAAAUUAGAUACACAUCCUGAUGUAACAAUAGAACGGAAUACUGUUACGGAUGAGAACGAGGAAAUCAGUUCUCAAACAGUUAAACAAAGUGAUAUGAAUGUGAAAUUGGAAGAAACCUUGCAAAAAGAUGAUAAGAAUGAAUUGGAAAUAGAAUUAGUACCGGAAGAACUUCCAAAAACUACAACUGACACUCCUCCAAAGAGAUCAUCGAUGCAAACCCGCUACAAAGGUAAAUUUACCCCAGAAACUGGUGCAAAAUCGAAGAAAGAUAAAGAUGGAUCAACUGAAGAGAAACCCAUAAAUACUUUUCAAGAGGCAUUCUUGAAAACCUUGCAUAUCGAUAAUUUAAAACAUGACAAAAAAAUGAUCAUCGAUGAAAUUGAAAUCACUGUGGGUAGGGGGAAAAAAAGUAAAAAAUCGGUUGAUAAGAAACUCAAUAUCGAUGUCGAUAACGUUAAUAUUGUAUCUGUUACUCAAGCUAUGACACAAGAUGUAGAAAAUGAAUCAGUUGAUGGUAAAGAAGCGCUAGAAAAGUCUGAAGAAAUUUUGCAAGCUGCAAAUAUUUCGAUUGCUUCUGCUGUCAGCGAUUUCCGAGGCGUAGAAGUAGUUGUGGAGGAAAAUACUGAAACAAAUAUAAAGUUGGAAGACCCAAGUGUCCAAGAACUUAUUCAACAAACUCCAGAGGUAAGCAUUGAUGGAUCAACGAGUCCGGCACAGCCAGCUAAGGUUGAAGAUGUUUCGAAAGUACUGAGUUUAGAUGUAUCAAAAUUGGAUGAAACAUCUCGAACAUCAAUGUCCACUCCAUCGCCGACUUCUGUAAGUGGUAUGCCAGUGAAAAAGCGAGAAAAACCCAGGAUAAUUGAAAGUGUCUCACUCAAAGAACCAAUGCACAUAUUGAAAUCUAAGUUACUUGAAAAAAUUCCAUCAAGAGGCACUAAACACAAGUUAGAGCCUGACACUUCCAAACGUGGCGAUUCAAAACAUAAUCAGAGAACAAAGAUCAUGAAAAUUGAGAAUCUACCAUCAAAUAGCAAAUUGAGGCAAACAUUGAAAAUAUCUUCUCCUCAUCUUUCAUUGACGCAAAAGUUAGAGGCAUUGAAAGCUGAAGAAGCAGCAGGGGCUAAUUUGAUUGAAACACAGACUGAAAAAGUGAUUGCUCAAACAUCCCAAAGUGUUUCUGCCACUCCUGUAACUGAAAAGCUGAUUCAACAAAGCUCGCAAAGUUUAGCUGACAUGGAACUGGAUAUAAAUUCGAUGCCUUUUGUUCUGAGUGAAGAUGUCUUAACGCCAGAAAGUAUUGAACAGAUGCCUGUCGUUAUAACAUCUCUCAUACCUGGGUCCAGUUCAAUAUCAACGUCAUCUAUUUCACUAACACCUACUACACAAUUGGUGUCACCGAGCCACGGACAAUUUAAAACAUCCAACGAGUCAACAUUAGAAUCAACACCAAGUAAAAAGAAGAGUGGCGUUCCUACAAUUUUGAAAACCAAGGCUAAAGCUAAACCAACCAUCACCAGCGUUAAAACUAUUGUACCUCCGCUAACGGGAGGAGUUAAAGGUUUGAAAUUCCAAAAUGCCCAAACUGGAAAAAACUCACCACUAAUAUCACAAAAAGGGCAACCUGGUAAAUACGUGAUUGUACAAACUGCCGGUGGUCAACAACUAAGAUACAGUGUCCAAGGGAAACCAGGAAGUCAACAGAAAAUUGCAAUCCCUACAGGAAAAGGUUCAGGAAGUGCACAAAUUGUACAGCAGGGAGGUAAGGUGGUUAUUUUGACAUCACCACAGUCUGGUCAAACGAAAAUGAUACCUUUGAACACGUCUAAAACAAUAGGAACCAAAAUGCAGAGGAUAAUGACCACCAAGGGUCAAAUCUUUGCACCAAUUAGCUCACAAGGUGUUCUAACAACGAAAACUAUUAUAGCUCCAAAAACCGAUGUAGGAUCACCUACGACAUCUAAAGUAGCACCACAGGGACAGAAAAUUAUUAGUACUCAAGGCUUGUCUGCCAAAGGCGUUCUAACUCAGAUUCCUGGUGCUGUAUCAAAAUCGACGCUAUUAGGGACGCUAACCCAAGGAAUUAUUACCAAGGGGGGUAUUUACACUCCAAUCAGUGCAGCUUCACUGGCAGGUAAAACCAUUAUCAGUUCGAAAACUUUAGUCACAACCAAGGGUACUACUAUUUUGUCUCCAUUGACAUCGCAAAACCUUGUUACAUCUAAAGGAGCUAUUUUGGCACCCAUAUCACAUUCUUUGACUGGCAAAACCAUUUUGAGCACUCAGGGAAUUGUUGGUUCUAAAGGUACCGUGUUAACACCUAUUACAGGUCAGCAAGUAAAAGCUAUUGCAGCAAAAAGCCCGAGCAAAGGGGCAAAAGUUCAGUACCAAACAGUGCAACAGAAAAUGCACUUACCUGUUUUACAGAAAAAUCAGAAAGUUCCAAUAUCCUCGUCACAGAUGAGAGUUCUCGGCUCGUUAAAAUCACCUGGAAGCACAAUACUGCUUCAAAAUACCGUAACUGGACAAAAGACAUUGUUAACUGGAAAAAAAAUGAUCAAACAAGCUCUUGCUCAUCAACAAGCUCAACAGCUGCCAGUCUUAGCUGCCCAAAGUGGCUCACAGCAAGCAUCUCCUGUUUUACCUCAACAACAUAUGAAAGGAAAGAUUCUUUCCUCGACACAAACAGUCCAAAAAGUUGUCAUACCUAGAACGCCAGGGCGUCAAUCGAAGACUCAACAAAAGAUUGUGGUUCAAAAGAUGCAAGAUGCUUCAUUACAAAGUUCAUCGCCGAAAUUAGUUACAAACGUUUCAAAUAUUUCUAAAUCGUUAGCACAAACAAAACAGAUUUCUGGCAACAGUCCAAGUGCGACCAAGGCAAGUGCGAAGAGUUAUGCUGGAGUCAGAGGCGGUCAACAGAAAAGAAAUUUAUUGAACGCAGCUCUUAACUCAAUAUCUAGUCCACCGCUUGCUGCAACUGUUACCAAACCACUAUCUCUUCCAACUCUGGAACAGACCGACGCUGAAAAGAAACCCAGAGCUCAAGAAAUGGUUGGAGAACUAGUUCAAACGGAAGAAUCCAAACCAGAAGCAUCAAUCUCCGAACAAACCACUCCAGUUAUUGAAAAAAUUGAAGAACCUAAAGCCGCUGUCCAACCUCAAAUAAUGGCUUUACCAACUGAAAGUGGCGAUGGGACUCAAACUUACGUUUUGGUUACAAUAGAUGAACAAGGACAAAUACAACCAUUAGAUAACAACACGUUAAUGUCUUUGGAAGGUACAACCCAAAAUCCUGAUGGCACAAGAACUCUAUACAUAGAUCCAAAUUCAUUAGGAGAAGCAGGAACGUUAGAUAAUAUUGUAUUACAAUUUGACAACGGAUGUGUAUCAAAUCUUCCAUCUACAGUCAGUGAUUCUCCACAAACAAUGAUAUCAGAAAGUUUCCCAAGUUCUGAAAUUAUUCAGACAUCAAAUCAAGAUAUUUUGGCUGCUGCUCUUGCAAAUACAGAUUUCCAGCAAGAGAUCGGACUUCCGGAUAACUCCACUGCAAGCGUUAUGAGUACAGGACUGACACAAACAAGCCUGAUCAAUCAGACAAUCUUGCAAUCUACAAUUAUCCCACCAACGGAGCCAAUUUCUUCACCAGCAGUUCUAGAAACUUCCUUGACUCUGAAUCAACCUAUCAUGACACCACUGGAGGUACCAAGCAACAUGACAAUGACAACUGAAACUUCAACUUCAGUUGCCACAAUUCCGUCGUCGUUAGAACUGCCCUUGACUGUCACCAAUCCCAGUAUUGCAUACAUUUCAACUGGAGCAACUCAAAUUCAAAUGCCUGGAAAUUCAAUGCCAGAUAUUGGAGAAAUAAUGGACAAUUCGAGUGUUAUUAGCCAUAGCGAGACUCCUGCUACAACGCAAUAUUUGGUUUUACCUAAUCUCGAUGAAAAUAUAACAAUUGAAGCACAGGAUAUUCAAUCUAGUUCAAACUCAACACCGACCGUUUCAUAUUCUGUAUCGAUUCCAGAGAAUAUGGUUUUGGAAACGACUCCAGUUCAGACAACGCCAUCCAUGCCAAUCAUUGAUGACACAUACGCUGAUGAUAUUCCUUACAGCACGGCUAUUCAGACAUCGUUGGCUGGAGAGUCAAGUUUUGUUGAUGUACCUGUGUCAGAAAUGUUAGUUUCAAAAGCUUCUGUUGCAACCACAGAGAACAUAGUAACGGAAAACGUGACUGUGACCUCAGAAAUGAUUGUUACUUCGGAUGAACCAGCUGUUACCUCUCAAGAAUUGAUACCAGUAUCUACUGUUGAAUCACAGGGAAUACACGAAGUAUCCGUCUCGUCGCAAGAUGUUUACACGUCUCAUGAUGUACCUGCGACAAGCGAAGAACUCAUCUCGCAACAAACAGUUGUUACAGCUGAGGAACUGGUUUCAACUCAUGAUAUGCCAAUCGUUACGCAAGAGGAAAACCAUCAAGAAAUGACUAUUCAAAGCAAAGAUUUACAGACGAUAGAAAUGCACAUCGAAGAACAUGCUUCGGAAAUCGAAGCUACCAGUAUGCCUCUCAUAGAAGAACCCUGUACAGUCAGUUCUGAAUCAAAUGUUGAAAUACAAUCUGAACAUUCAAAGUUUCAAACAACCGAUUCAAAAGAAAUACAAGCCAGUACUUCGUACGAUGUAGUGCCACCAAGCAAGUUAAACGAACUGUUGGAAACAUCCACCGCAGAUGAAAAACCGUGCUCUGUGAAUGAUAUUCAAACAGCAACAUCAAACGAACACGAUACAUUAGUCCAAAAUCAACCCGACACUUUGCCUGCCAAAUUGUUGGAUGACACCGAAGCGGAACAUAUGGAUGUUGAACCAGCUCUAGAAAGUGCAUCUUAUGUUGAAAAUAAAGAAUCCGUUCUAGAGGUUUCUCAAGGUGGCACAGCAUCAUCUGAGGGAGAACACAGUCAUGAAGUAAUGAGCGCUGAUUCAGAAAUAAACUUUGAAGAAUCCGUACCAGAAACUAGUGAAGAGAGACCCUCCCAAUCUUACGAACAAUUCGAUAUUACCAUGACGAGUGAUUCCUUAGAAAUUCCCAGCCAGUCAGUAAACAAAUCUGAAAACUCGCCCGAACCUACACAGUCAAUAUCCUACGAAUCAAUGGAAAUUGAUGAAACCAACACUUCUGCAGAGCCUCCCACUCAGUCUUUUGAAGAUUCAAAGCAGAAUGAAGCCACCCAGUCUUACGAAACUUCCACCGAAACACAUGGAAAUGCGCCAACACAAUCUUUUAAUGAGAUUAUGCACAAUCAAGAAGAGAGAAAUUCUGGCGAUGAAUUAGUGGAUGAUCAAAGUUUUCCGACUCAAAGUUACGAAGUUGAAAAACUGGAGAGUCUCUCAGAAAAUAUGGAAACCGAUGCUGAAAUGAGUCAAGAAGGAAAUAUACCAUCGCAGUCUAACGAUAUUGGGACAGACGGCAUCGGUACUUCUUCAAUUUCUACCAAUAACUCUGGAGUGAAUGAGGAUGAAACUGCGAGUUCUUCUUAUGUUCCGGAGACACCUGAAAAUCAAGAACGAGAUCAAGACCAGGAAAGUGCCAUCAGUACAUCAUCUUAUGAAAUACCACCCUGUGAGGAAUUGAAUAUCGCAUCAUCCAGCGUUAUUCCUGAUACUUCAGUCAGGGGAGAACAUACGAGCAUUCACGAUAAUGGUGUACCAGAAAUACCAACGUCAUCCUAUAGCUUGAAUCCUGACAGCAGCUCGACUCACGUCGAUGCUGUACCUACAUCCAGUUACGAAGACCAAGUCAUUCUGGAACAAAAUGUAUCCACUUCGUAUGAAGUACCAAUUUCUAUGCCAGGGUUGGAGGAGAAUUCAUCACAAAGUUUUGUUACAGAAAGUUCGGAUCACAGAAACGAACCAUCCAGCUAUUACACGCAUCAUCAAGAAGUAACAGCAAGUUAUUAUGAAUCUGUUCACCAAGAAUGUAAUAAUUCUAGACUUGAAGAAGAUCCCCAGGAAGAAGUUACAGCUAGUUAUUAUGAGUCUACUCCCCAAGACAUUGCUUCAGAGGCCAGCCAAAGUUACUUUGCACCCGAAGAAGCUACGCCGAGUUAUUCCAGUCAAAGUAUAACUCCCAGUUACUAUAAUGCCAGACCAGAAUCUGAGGCAACGCAAAGUUUCUAUUCUUCCCAAACCUUGGAUAGGAGAGAACAAUCGUCGCAAAAUGUGGAGGCAUCCCAAAGUUUUUACCCAGAGGUAACCGAGAACCUAAGACUUAGACAACAGGGCGAGGCAACGCCAACCUAUUCUACAAGGUAUCCCGUUGACUAUACGCUCACUGACUCGCCAAUAGAAAGGCACGAUUUGGUAGAAAGUUCUGUGCCUGCAACCAGACCAACCGAAAGGUAAUAUACUGUAUAAAAGGUUUGGCACCGUGCCUCCGAUAAUGGUUUAUCAAUAUAAACUUCUCAGUUUAAAUUCACCUUACAAAGAUCCUUGUUUGAAUAAUGAACUAUCAGCCAUGAUAGAGAGUUGAAAAAUAGACUCAAGUCUAUUUGUCAAGUGUAAAUAUAAAGUAAGUUAAUAAGUGGUUGGAGUAAGAUUAAAAAUAGGUCCUUAUUAUAAUUUAUGUAUAGGUAUGUUGGGAAUGGAUUCAAUCCGUGAUAGAGUGCGAUAUGAUUAUACGAGCAGUGUAGAUUUUGGAGGAAUGUGGUUUUGCUGCAGUACCAUUUUGAUUUCGUUUCAAUACCUUAUUCAAGUAAAUGAUAAUUGUAACCAAGUACUAUGUGGUUUUAAGACUGGGCCUGAGUCGAAAAUUGAAAAAUUAGGGAGAGCAAUUCAUUUUAACAUUUUUUUUUCCUUUUCUUGUGUAUGUUACAUGUCCUGUUGAAUUCAUAUUUCAGGCAACUUUAAACUGUGUCGAAACAUUGACAGUAGUAGGAUAUCUAAAGACAUGUGGCUCUGGUCAGUAAAUGCACUCUGAACCCUUACAAUCUUUGCCAUUCUUUUUAAUUAUGGUAGCAUGCCCAAGACCAAAUGUCUAUAGUGUGUUUGCUACUCUAAUCGUAGGAUCUUUGUUUGUAGUAAACAGAACGUCAUUUCUAUAUAAUUGUGCUAUAUACAGAAGGAGUGAAGAUAUUCUGUUUUCACAUAGAAUUAAAUUUACUACAUAUUGCUUAGAAAGAAAGAUUGAACAAAAAUGAAGUUGGAGAAGAAUAAAACAGAAUUUUAUUUCUAUGAGUGAUAUACAUGGUUCUCUUUCUACCGAAAUUUUCCAUAUGGCUGAAGUUGUUUGUCAAGUCUAACCAUUUUGAAUAAUUCGUCUAAUUUCAAUUUGUAAUCUCAGAUUCGCUAAAAAUAAAGUUGAAGUCGGGGAAGAACCAUGCGUAUCAGGAUUAGUGUUUAGUUUGUAGGGUAUAGUCAAUAUGUAAUCCGUGUGUUACAAGAUAAUAUAAGGAUCGAAAAUAUAAUUAUAUUAUAUUCUUUAUAGUCUCAUGUUAUUCGGAAUAAAUAUAUUAUGUUUUUAUUUCUCGUGGCGUUUUCAAUCAAUCACGAUCAUAUAUGUACAUAUUACGUUGGAAUUGGGCAAGCAGAAAAAAAUUGAGAAGAUAUAAUUUGCAACUUUACGACUAGUACCAAAAGUUAGAAUUUAUCAGGCUCUGGGAUUAGCAAUGAAUGACUGAAUUGUUAACGUUCCGCAAUCAUUAGAUUUGUUUUCAUUAUAUUUUGGUUUCUUUUUCCUUCAUUUUUCAUAUCUUCUCAGCAAAGAAGAGAGAAGUACUGCACAUACGGAUGCGGAAAUUUGUUACUAUGAAAAAAAUAAAAAUAAAUAAACUUGUUACAUUUUCUAUAAAAGUUAUUUGAUCAGUCGCGAGAUGAGCUAUUCGCCUACGAGAAUAGCAGAAUGCAUCUAGAAGUAAAGUAAAGAUAGUUGUAUACUAUGCUAUGAAAUAUAUCAGAAGCAAUUUGAUAUUUUCAUCACACUAACAAUAUUACAUUUUAAGUUCUACAGUGUGCACGACAUACACAAUUGUAACUAUAAAAUAAAUAUAUGAAUAUUUACAUAACUAAUAUGUAAAAUGAACAUAUGUUUGUUCUCUUUUUGAUUCUAGAGUAUGCCAAUUUUAAUAAACUUUAUCCAUUGGAAAGAAAUGAAAAA